AUGAAUGGCUUUAUAACAUUGGUAAGGUUUGACCCAGAGGAGUUUGUAUUCAUACAACUUGAACAAAAAAGAUACUUUCUGAAGUUUUGCUAAAUCAAUAAUGGAUAAAUUAAUGUCCUGAAUUCGGUGAGCUUAGAUUAUUAUACCAGAGACAUCUAGUUAUUUGAGAAGUAGGAUUAAAUUGUAUACAAGUAUAAUGAAAGUCAAUCAUUAAUUGUGAGAGAAAGAUAUUUGUUUAUAGAUCUCUAUACAUAAUACCUUAUCUUUGAUUUGCAAGAAAAGAUAUUUAUGGGUAAAAUUUAAAUAUAAAAUAAGAAAAAAGCAUUCUCCCUUACUUAUCAACUUGAUUAGCUAACACUAUCAAUGGAUAAUCCAAAAAGGAAAGGUAAAAAGAUGUACUAUAUCUUUGAGGGAUUCUUGGAGUCCUAUUUUAGGAUUAAUCAUGGCUAAUUCGAUGUCGCCUACGAUUUCGAGGAAUGUCUAAUUCACGUAAAGGAUUUCAAUAACUAGACUAUUGGAGUCACUUCUUUCCUUCAAGACCUCCAGCUGCAAAUAGAUCAAAUUGAACUAGUAGACGAAAAGAAAAGUGAUUCAUUUGCAAUCUCUAAAAUAAAGAAAAUGACAUUUAGAGAGAUAGCUAACUACAUAGACUCCUUUAAUGGUUCGCUGUUACAUAUUAUAUCAAGUAAAUCAGACAUUAUUAUAGAUACCAUUAAACAGAGACUAUCUAAUCAAUAGAACUAAUACGACUAUCUCUUAUUCACUAAUAAUGAACAAGGUCUUAGUCCAUUUGAUUACUAUGUAAUUCAUGAUGACUAUACCAAGAUUAAUUUUGCUCUAGAUCUUAUGGUCAGAUUUUAAAACAAUAGUUUAUUUAACUCAAUCGUGGAUAAAAAUCUUAUCUAUUUAAUUGAAAAAAACUUUGACUUGAAAGACUACUUGCUCUCAAAACUUCCAUUACUGAAAAUUGAAACUUCUUACUAUCCACAAUAUUCUAAAGAUGACUAAACAUUAUAUCUAUCAUCCUUCGACUAAAACUCAAGCUUAGCAAAGAUAAACUACUUUUAUAAAGAUGAAAUCAAGAAGUAUAUCUCUAAAAAUACUCAUGGCAUAACUCAUUAGAUUGAAUAUCUCCUGCCAAUGAUACCCCAGUCGUUUUCAGAUCCCAGGUUUAUGGAAGUACUUGACAAAUCUAAUAAUGAAGAUCUUUUUGAAUCAGAACUCAUCUAAAUUGCUUUGAGUUUUAAGUGGGAAAAAUUCGCAUUUAAGUUCCACUUAAUAUCAUUUCUACAAUUCUUUAUCUUUCUCAUUACCUUUAUUGUGGAUAUUUACUACUUGGUUCUAGUAGGAGAAGAUAGGCAUUUUUAUCAGCAAUUAAUAGUAAAAUUUAUUGGAGCUGCUUACAUCAUUUUCCUUGUCUAAUAUGAACUAAGGACAAUUAAGGUGCAAGGUUUCCUGGCUUACCUAGCAGAAUACUGGAACUAUAUUGAUAUAUUCUUGGUUUUUCUUUACAUAGCUUCUACUAUUGUAGACUUAAUGCACAUACAUGAUGGUGUUGAAAGGCUUUUGUAUUCAAUCUGCUUGAUAUUUGUAUUUGUCAAGUUUUUCUCAUAUCUAAGAAUUUUCCAAGGAUUCAGUUUUUUAGUUUAGAUGCUUAGAGCAGUUUUUGUAGAUCUUAAAUUCUUUAUUGCAUUAUAUGGUAUAGUCAUUGUUCUCUAUGGAUUAAUAUUUACACUUCUAAUGAUUAAAGCUGAUGAUGCUGAUUUAUAAUAUUAAGGCAUUAGUUAUUUUGGCUAUUUUGUUAUGUCGUUCAGAGCAUCUACUGGAGAUUUUCAAGUUGACAAUUUUAAUUAGCUUGAUGAAAUUCAUAUUGUUUUUGCAUGGCUUAUUUGGAUAUCAUCUGUCUUGUUUCUAAAUAUCAUUUUACUGAACUUUAUUAUUGCUGUUAUAUCACAAUCCUACGAAAAAAUUAUGCAAAGAAUGGUAGCUUAAUCAUAUAUGGCUAAAGCCAAGCUGAUAUAUGAAUGCGAGCUCCACUACAGUAAAUAUGGGAAAAAUGAUUCUAAUUUCCCAAGAUACUUCAUUCUCAGAAGAGUCAAAGACAAUAUUCUAAAAGGAGAUGUCGAGUGGUAAGGUUUUGUUAAAGAUAUUAAGAAGACAAUGGAAAAAGUAAAAGUUUCACUAACUGAGAAAUAGGAUACCUCUUCAUCCAAGAUAUUCAAGAAGCUAGAAGAAUUUAAAGAUGAAAUCAAGUUAAAUAACGAGGAAAACUACAGAAUAGUAAAUGAAAAUUUAUCGAGAUUAAAAAAUUCGUUUAAAAAGCAGGAAAAAAUUGUGAAAGGACUCGACAAAAAAGUAUAAAAUAUUGAAGAGCAUAUUGAUCUACUUAAAUUAUAAUAAUGA